UAAAAAAGAACGUGUGUAAAAAAAGAAUGGUAUUGACAAAAUGGCAUUGACACAACAUUGAAACAAAUAUACAAUAAAAAACCAAAACAAAUAGAAAUAAUACAUAAUUCUUGUAGAUUGUGGAAAAUGUAUCUAAUCAUUUUGUGUCUUAUUUAUAUUUCAUAUGUAACCUGUGCAGAGGAAGAAAAUGUUACAUUUCCAAUAGAUGACUUCAAAUGCUCGUUGCCCGACGUCACAAGUUUAGACUUAAAUUUGGAUGUCACUAGAUUUAGAUCUGAUUUCUCUAAAAUAUCUGAAGUUAAAUUUCCUGGAUUGAUUGGUCCUCUAAACGAGCGGUUGAUAUGCAAAAUCAAAUGCAUUGAUGGAAACUGGGUUGGCCCUCUGUGUUCCACAUCUCCAGAUGGCAGAUUCCAACCAAUUUUACGAGAGUGUCUUUACCGCAAUGACCAUCCACUCUUGGCAAUUUCAUUCAAGAAUUCGUCAAUUGAUAGAGACACACAUUUCCCGCAUGGCUCGGUGAUAUUAGCCCGGUGCAGACACUACGGACUUUACAAGCUGAAAGGUGACAAUCUGCUACGCUGUGAGAACGGAGAAUGGACGCCGAAGUUUCCAGAAUGCGUUCCCACGACAUUAGUCACCAAUUUCACUGGCGACGCACCACCUACAAUUCAGUAUACAGUGGUGAGCGGUUCAGCGGUGGUGACGCCCUCUGGUGAGCUGUUCGUGUACCCCGACAGCACAGUGAGGCUCGACUGCAUAUCGCCCAAAGCACUGGGCGAGCCGGAUUGGAGCUGGACGCAGGCGUUGGGACAACACAACGCUGGAUGGUCGACAGAUGAUGGUGAGCGGGAGACGCACUACAGACUAACGCUGAGUAAGAUGUCGGCGCGACACAGCGACCAGUACACGUGCGCCGCGCCCGGCGGUCACACCAACACUGUCCUCGUUAAAGUUGUUAACGUAGCGUGUCCGCCGGCGAACAUAUCGUCCGCGCACGUGCGUCAGUUCGCGCAGGGCAACAAGUUGGGACACUCGGUGCAUUUCAGCUGCCAGCCGGGGUACCACCUCAAUGGCUCCGCUAUCCUCACCUGCAUGGGCGAUGGUCAUUGGUCAGCCUUGCCGCCAACAUGCGUGGAGACAUUCUGCCCGUUGCUGACGAGCCUGGGGCCUCAACUGAGCGUGGUGGAGUACAACUCCUCGUUCGGGGGCCGUGCGGUGUUCCAGUGCUCGUGGGGCUACCGGCUGGUCGGCGUCCCGGGGCUCGAGUGCGAACUCGACGGCAGGUGGUCUGGACCCACGCCCACUUGUUCACCAAUAUACUGUCCGGACCCGAUAAUUCCAGAAAAGGGUAAACUACUAACGGAACCAUCUUCCAAGGAUGGUAAGUAUGUGGUGGGUGACCUGAUGAUAUACUCCUGCGAGGACGGCUACGACGUUGUCGGCGAGUCCUCCAUAGUGUGCACUGAGAACGGCUUUUGGUCUCACCCGCCGCCAUUUUGUGUGCCACCAUCUGAGAUAUCCAAAUCUGAUACAAUUUAUAUCGAAAAUACCACUCUUGUGCACAUUGAAGAUUGAUUAUUAUAAUCAUAGAAUUGAAAUAGUGGGCUAUGUUUUAUCAGUAUUAAAGUUAUUAUUUAUGUAUGUAAGUAAAGUUAUAUUUAAAAAACAUAAUUUUGACUUUCGAUUAUUCGUUUUAAACAUAAAAUAUAAGUUGUUGUUUCAAUAAUGUGUAACUUUUUAUUAUUAUUAAAAUUAUUAUUUAUGUAAGUUUGUUAAGUAAAUUUUGAGCAUUCUUCUAAAGUUAUUAUGUAUAUAUGUAAUGACUAUCCGAUUUGUAUAUAGAAAUAAUAAUACAUAUUUAGUCAGUUACGUACGUAAAAAAAUAUAAUUUAAUAUAUCGUUAAAUUUAAAGUAUUGGAGGGUAAAUCAAGUGAAUAAUAGAAAAAAUUUUAAUUUAAACCAAUUUGAGCAACUUGUAUAGAUUAGUUUUUAUCGUAUUUACGUUAAUUUAAUACUCAUGUGUUACCUAUUCUUGAGCACCAGUAUUAUUUUUAACAUUCGUUUUUAUAUAAUUGUAUCACUAACUAUUAUGAUACAGGCAUAAUGAUUUUCUGUGAUGUGAUUCCAAAGAUAAUAUUAAUUAAUAUAUUUGUCGUCAAAUGAAAUGUGCCCAUAAUUACUCGCUAUAAUGAGUAACAUUAUAUUUAUGAGAUUUAUAUUUUUAAAUUAUAAAUCAUGUUCAACACUCGUGCAUUAUACGUAUUAUUGCUAAGUGUGAUAAAAAUAAAAAAUCCAAAUAUCUGCUACGUAUAAAUAAUUGUAAUGUUAACUAAGCUCUGUGUUGUGUAUAAUAUCUUAUACACUUGUGUAUUAAUAAUGUGUCUUGUUAUUAUUCAUUAAAUAAAACAUGUUUAUCAAA